AGGUCUAGACGACUUUCUAUUAUAAUAUUCACCUCAGUUAAAAUGUGAAGAUACAUCUCUAUUUCGAAACAAGUGAAUUCUCGUCCAAGCUACCUAUAGACACAAAUAUCUGUAUCUAUAUACUUAUCUCGUGUCCCCAAUCUGCAAUCAAACCCUAAUGGCGAGCGUAGAGAUCGAGAAGCAACGAAUCGAAUUAGCCAAAGAAGAGAACUGCUCGGCCAAGGCUAAGCAAGGCGAGGGAUUGAAGCAAUACUAUCAGCAACACAUUCAUGAUCUUCAGCUUCAUGUUCGUCAGAGAUCUCACAAUCUCAACCGUCUCGAAGCUCAGCGUAAUGAUCUUAAUUCCAAAGUGAGAAUGCUCAAGGAAGAGUUGCAGCUUCUUCAGGAGCCAGGGUCAUAUGUUGGCGAAGUUGUUAAAGUGAUGGGUAAAUCGAAAGUCCUGGUUAAAGUCCAUCCAGAGGGGAAAUAUGUUGUCGAUAUUGACAAAAGCAUUGAUAUUACAAAGAUCACUCCAUCUACAAGGGUUGCUCUUCGCAAUGACAGUUAUGUUCUUCAUUUGGUGUUGCCCAGCAAAGUAGAUCCCUUGGUGAAUCUUAUGAAAGUUGAAAAAGUUCCUGAUUCUACAUAUGACAUGAUCGGUGGCCUUGACCAACAAAUUAAAGAAAUCAAAGAGGUCAUUGAACUUCCAAUUAAACAUCCUGAAUUAUUUGAGAGUCUUGGGAUUGCUCAACCUAAGGGAGUCUUGCUCUAUGGACCACCUGGUACUGGCAAGACCUUGUUGGCUAGAGCAGUUGCACAUCACACUGAUUGCACAUUUAUCAGGGUCUCUGGUUCUGAACUGGUCCAGAAAUAUAUUGGGGAAGGAUCUCGCAUGGUUAGAGAACUUUUUGUCAUGGCCAGGGAACAUGCUCCUUCUAUUAUAUUUAUGGAUGAAAUCGACAGUAUUGGAUCUGCGCGAAUGGAAUCUGGAAGUGGCAAUGGUGAUAGUGAGGUGCAGCGGACUAUGCUGGAGCUCCUAAACCAAUUGGAUGGGUUUGAGGCUUCAAACAAGAUCAAGGUUUUGAUGGCCACAAACCGUAUUGAUAUUCUGGAUCAAGCCCUUCUCAGACCUGGACGAAUUGACAGGAAGAUUGAGUUCCCAAAUCCCAAUGAAGACUCUAGGUGGGAUAUUCUGAAAAUUCAUUCCAGAAAAAUGAAUUUGAUGCGGGGUAUUGACUUGAAGAAGAUUGCGGAGAAGAUGGGUGGUGCCUCAGGUGCAGAGCUAAAGGCUGUGUGCACAGAGGCAGGAAUGUUUGCUUUGAGGGAGAGGAGGGUUCAUGUGACUCAGGAAGAUUUUGAGAUGGCUGUGGCGAAGGUGAUGAAGAAGGACACUGAGAAAAACAUGUCUCUUCGGAAGCUGUGGAAAUAAUCGGCAUUUUUCUGGUAAUGCUGAGAUUACUGAAAGCACGAUAUCUACUGUGUAUUUGGUUUCUGCAUGUGCACUUUUUGUCAAGUUAUUUACGCAUCAAGCAAGAUUUGAAACUCUUGGAUGUACAACUAAGCAGACCAGGAUUAUGUUUUCCUAAUCUAUCUUAAUGUAUGGUUCUAGUACUCCCAACAUUUUUUUUUCUUGCUACCUCAUUCUGGAAGUAUACAUUUUUUCUGUGCUA